AUGUUAAGACAAGUAGGCAAGAUGUACGUUAAACCAAUCAAGAUGAGAUGGAGCACCGGGGGUGUCAAUUACAGUUAUCUUCUAAGUAGUCAGGAUAAAGAACAUUCCUGGUUGAUCGACCCUGCAGAAUCAGACGAGGUAAUCCCUCAUUUGGACCCUCAAGAGAGACUCAACAUUAGAGCCAUUGUGAAUACACACCAUCAUUACGAUCAUUCCGAUGGUAACAUUUCCAUGAUCAAUGAAUUGAAACAGGACGGUAAUCAGCACAUAGUGAAGAUUAUCGCUGGAUCUAAAAGUUCACCUGGUGUCUCUGAGAUACCUACUCAUUUGCAGAAAUACCAAUUGGGUAACUUGGAAGUGGUUUGUCUUAGAACGCCAUGCCAUACACAGGAUUCUAUUUGCUAUUACGUGAAGGAUUCUGAUACUAAUGAACAAUGCUUGUUCACAGGUGAUACUUUAUUUACUGGUGGUUGCGGAAGGUUUUUUGAAGGGAAUGGACAAGAGAUGGACCAGGCAUUGAAUAAGACUAUUUUGGAAGGUGUCGGGGAACCAAAUUGGAAUAUGACGAGAGUUUAUCCCGGACACGAGUACACGAAGGACAAUGUUAAGUUCAUUAGAAAGUUUGUGUAUCAAGAAUUGGGUGAUAAUGAAGCACUAGAUAAAUUGGAGAAGUUCUGUAAAAGCCAUGAAGUAACCACGGGUGAGUUCACUUUGGAUGAUGAAUUGAAAUUCAACCCAUUCAUGAGAUUGGAUGAUCCUAUAGUAAGAAAGGCAGUUGGAGACGCUGAAGAAAAAUGGGAACGUUCUAAGGUGAUGGAGACUCUAAGGAAAAUGAAGAACUCCAUGUAA